AGGAUUUUUAACCAAAAACCAUUUCAAAACUGGGUAUCCUCCACAAGCCCCUGUAGUUUCACUGGUGUUACAUGCAAGGGAUCAAGGGUCUCUUCUGUAGAUCUCACAAACACUAUGCUCAGCGUAGAUUUCGGCCUGGUUUCUUCUUACUUGCUCGGUCUUGAAAACUUGGAGAGUCUGGUGUUGAAGAACACCAGUCUCAGUGGAAAUAAUAUUCCAGAAUUGAUGAGUUUCAAAGUUUUGUCAUAUUUGGACCUUUCUGCCAACAAUUUUUCUGGAAAUUUUCCUUCGUUUCGAGACUGCUCUAGUUUAAAACAUCUUGAUUUAUCAUCCAACAAGUUUAGUGGUAAUAUUGGUGCCUCGCUUUCUUCGUGCUCCAACCUCGGUUUCCUCGAUCUCUCCAACAAUAAAUUCUCUGGUGAGUUGCCUGUUGAAACCUUACUGAAUAUGACUAGCUUGAAGACACUGGUUUUAUCAUUCAAUAAUUUUGUUGGUGGCUUAUCUCAGUCAUUUUCUAGCUUGGUAAACUUAGAGACCUUAGAUUUGAGUUCUAAUAACAUUUCUGGUUUGAUUCCAUCCGGGAUGUGUAAAGACCCUAAGAACACCUUGAAAGUGUUGUACCUUCAGAACAACCUGUUUACUGGUCCAAUACCUGAGAGACUAAGCAACUGUUCCCAAUUGGAAUCUCUUGAUCUUAGCUUUAAUUAUCUUAAUGGUAAGAUACCAUCUAGUCUCGGGUCCUUGUUGAAGCUCAAGGAUUUGAUGAUUUGGUUGAACCGGCUCGAGGGGGAAAUCCCAGGGGAGCUAAUGCACUUGCAGUACUUGGAAACUCUGAUUCUUGAUUUCAAUGACUUGUCAGGCUCAAUCCCUGAAACCCUCAGCAACUGCACUAAUCUGAAAUGGAUUUCGCUGUCAAAUAAUUUCUUGAGUGGUGCUAUUCCAGCUUCAUUCGGGCGUUUGUCUAAUCUCGCCAUUCUGAAGCUGGGAAACAACUCCAUCUCGGGGAACAUCCCAGCCGAGUUGGGGAAUUGCAGCAGUUUGUUAUGGUUGGAUCUGAACACCAAUUUCUUGAACGGGCCUAUUCCGCCAUAUCUGUUCAAACAAUCUGGCAAUAUUGCAUUGCCAUUGCUUUCUGUGAAGCAUUUUCUGUACAUUUGGAACGAUACAAGUGAGCAGUGCCACACCACAGGAAAUUUGCUCGAAUUCGGGGGGAUUACUGAGGAUCGCCUCGACAGAAUUUCAGCUAGGCAACCCUGCAGAUUUACAGUCUACAAGGACAUUAUUUCCCAACCAUCAUUUUCCCACAAUGGAUCCAUGGUUUUCCUUGACCUUUCAUACAAUAUGUUGGAAGGCAAUAUCCCUAAGGAAUUAGGCUCCUUGUACUAUCUCUUAGUUCUGAAUCUGGGGCAUAAUCAUCUCUCUGGUCUAAUCCCUCAAGAACUUGGAGGCUUGAAGAAUGCUCGACUUCUUUAUCUGUCACACAACCGGCUCAAUGGCACAAUCCCGCAAACAUUAACCAGCCUCACAUUACUCGGGUACAUUGAUCUGUCGAAUAACCUUCUUGUUGGAACGAUACCUCAUUCAGACCUUUUCGACACAUAUUCUAGAGAAUUUUUUGCCAAUAACUCUGGCCUUUUUGACUACAUUCAUCCUGAGUAUGGCCUAGAAUCAAAUUCAAGUUCAAAUUCAAGUUAUAAGCCUGGUGGAUCAGAGAAAAAUUAUUACAUCAUUAUACCUUGUGCUGGAAUUGCAGUAGUUAUUGGAUUAGUAAUUCUGUUGCUGGUGUUGAGAUGUGGAGGGGAAAGGAGAGUGGAAAGUGAUGGAGAAGAAUGGAGUAUGAUUUCAUUUCAAAGGUUGGAGUUCAAUAAAUGGGAUAUUUUGGGUGGUUUGAAAGAUGAAAAUUUGAUUGGAAAUGGAGGGUCUGGAAAAGUAUAUAGAGUUAUAACCAGGAAAGACCAGAGAGUUGCUGUUAAAAGUAUAUGGCAUGAACAAAAGCAAGGGCAGGGAUUAAUGGAGAAACAAUUCCUAGCAGAGGUUAAGAUCCUUGGGGGAAUCAGGCACAACAACAUAGUGAAGUUGUUAUGUUGUGUAAGAGGAAAGACUACUAAGGUUCUUGUGUAUGAAUACAUGGAGAAACAAUGUGUUCAUAAAUGGUUGCAUGGAAAGAAGAGACGCUUAACUACUCAAGUCUUGCAGUGGGAGACAAGGCUAAAAAUUGCUAUUGGAGCUGCACAAGGGCUUUGCUAUAUGCAUCACGGAUGCAAUCCACCCAUUGUUCAUCGAGAUAUCAAGUCCAGUAACAUACUUGUGGACUCCGACUUCAAUGCCAAGAUUGCAGACUUCGGACUAGCAAAGAUGCUGGCGAGUCAAGGAGAUCCAGAAACAGUUUCUGCUGUUGUGGGAACUUUUGGUUACAUUGCCCCUGAAUAUGGCAGCACAAGAAAAGUGAAUGUGAAGAGCGACGUCUACAGCUAUGGUGUAGUGCUCUUGGAAUUGACAACGGGAAGAGAAGCCGUGACUGUAAAUGCGGACAUGAACCUAGCACAAUGGGCACACAAACACCAAAGAAAAGGAAACUCAGCUGUAGAUGCCCUCGAUGAGGAGAUCAAGGAUCCACAACAUUUGAAGGCGGCAACCACCGUUUUCAAAUUAGGCCUUGCUUGUACUUUGAGUUCCCCUUUAAACAGGCCAUCCAUGAAAGAUAUUUUAAAGAUCCUUCAAAGAUGUCACAAGAAGAACCAUUUGUCUUCAAAAGAGGCUAUAGACAGUUGUAGCCUGUUUAAUGUGAGUAUCGUACCCAUGGACCAAUUUGGUGACAAAAAUUAGGCAAAUCCUUGUCAAGAAUGGCAUUUAUUCACCAGGCUGAAAUGGCAUGUUUGUUUCCUCUGCAAUUAUGUGUGUGUGUGGAUGUAAAUGAUUUUAUCUUACCAACAUUCUCAUUGUCAUAUCUCAUGUUAAGCUUAAUCUUGUCAAACAUAAAUAGA